AACUUUUCGUUGAAGUCUCAACGAAACGAACGUUCAAUGAAACUAGCGUUGUUGAACUGCGAUGUCAAGUGAAACCUUUGAACCGAAACCUAUCUUAGCAGGUUGGAAAGAGCUCACAAAUCAAAGCUCGAGCAAAACAAAAAGCGCAACAAAACAAAAGCAAAAGCACACCUUUCGGUACAAUUUUUAAAGCACCCGCAACUACCCAACAAUGAUGGCACCAACCAAAGACAACAUGCACGAGGACACUGUCCAGGAUGUCAAAAACAACAUUGAUGUUGUGGAACAAGAAAACGGCGAAUCCUUUUGGAAAAGCCGCGUCAUUGGUGACUAUGACUAUGGUCGUCUCUGCAUGCCCCGGUUGAACCCUUGGAAGAAGGAAAACCAAGAACCCUUACCCCACUAUGGCAAGGAUUCUCGCCUCGCCUUUUUGGUUGCAAUGUUCCUUGGAUUCCAGCAUUCACUUGCAGCUGUUGGAGGAGCAGUCCUACCAGGAAUCUUGAUUGGAAUGCAAGAUCCAUCCGGGAAGGCUGGAUCUUACCUUGUGUCCUAUGCGCUCAUUGCAAGUGGAAUUUGCACCUUCAUCCAGAUUUUGCAUAGGCCUAUCCCAAAAACCAAAUACUUCCUUGGAUCUGGUGUUCUUUGUGUGAUUGCAACAUCCUUUGCAUUUCUCCCCACUGCCCAGCAGUCAAUUGAAAUACAAAUGAAGGAGGGCAAGACAUUUGAUGAAGCCUAUGGAGGUCUCUUGGGAGUUUUCAUGGUGGGCGCCAUUUUCCAGAGUGCCUUUUCCUUCAUUCCUGGUAGAUUCCUCCGUCGUAUCUUCCCAGCCUGGCUUGCUGGGCUAGGAGUGUUCCUCAUUGGUCUUUCUCUGGUUGGAGUCGGGGUGCAGCAGUGGGGUGGUGGUGUUCACUGCCUCGGAGGAGGUGAAUGUGGUGUUGGUUAUUCCAACUUGCCCUUUGGAUCUGGAGAGUACCUUGGCCUAGGAUUCUUUGUCAUGGCCGUUAUCAUUAUCAUUGAGCUCUUUGGAUCCCCCUUCAUGAGAAGCUGUGGAAUUGCUAUCUCAAUUCUCCUUGGAUACCUCGUGGCAGCACUCACCUCAGAUCGCAAUGGAGAUGCCUACACCAGUAUGGAAGCAGUCAAGGAAGCCCCAGCCGUUCUCUUUCUUUGGACCAAGACUUUCCCCAUUGGAUUCUAUGCCCCAGCUCUUUUGCCUACUCUUGUUGCAUAUCUUGUAUCCACGGUGGAGACAUAUGGCGACACAACCGCAACAGCUGAGGCCUCUGGCAUCAAGCCCAACAGCAAGGAGUUUGACGAAACAGUCCAAGGUGGCCUUCUUGCCGAUGCUGUGAACUCUUUCCUCUCAGCCCUUGCCAUGCUUCUCCCCAGUACAACCCUUUCCCAAAACAUUGGAAUCAUCUCGUUGACAAAGGUUGCUGCUCGUGAUGCUGGUUUUGCCUGUGCUGCAUGGAUGUUCCUCUUUGGAGUUUUUGGAAAGUUUGGAGCCUUCUUCACCAGCAUCCCUUUGCCUGUUCUUGGCGGAUGCUCCACCUUUUUGUUUGCCAACAUUGCUGUGUCUGGAAUCAAGGUUAUGACUGCUCACGGCAUUGACCGCCGCUCACGCUUCAUCAUGGCCGUUUCUGGAGCUUUUGGCAUUGGAACUAUCAUUGUCCCACAAUGGUUUGCCAGUGGAAACUGGUUGGAUUGCCCAGCCAUUGAAGAUCCCUUUACCCGUGGUGUCUGUGAUGCCACUGUGAUCACAUUGAGCACAGGAUAUGCAGUUGGUUGUCUUUCAGCCCUCCUUUUGAAUGGAAUUUUGCCAGCUGAUGAUGAAGAAGAUAUCACUGAAGAAGAAGCCAGUGAUCUUGUGCAGAAGGCCACAAAAUCAAUGGAUGAUGUUGAGUCUGCUGAACUCAGCAGUGAUGAAAGUGAAGAACUUGCCGAACCUUCUGAUGAAGGACUGUCCUUCCAAGAGAUCAGUGCAUAGAACUCAAGGAUUUUCUGCGCGAUGAGCUUUUUCUCCCUUCUCCUACCCUCCUGUUCCGCCCUCAUUUUUGAAUAUUUGUUUGCUUGAAGACAAGGAAUGUAAUGUUAAAAGUAUUAGCAAAAAGAAUCAUGACCAAUUACUAUCACUAC